AUGAAGACAAGCUACACUGAGAAAGUGGAGAUCACUGCUGUUUGCUAUGAAUAUUUAAAUGGAUCUUGUCCUAAGUUUGUAUAUCCUCUGUUUUUGAAGGUGACACUUUAUUUGUUCUUUGGUUCAGUGGUGAUUUUAACAGUAUUUGGUAAUCUGUUUGUCAUUAUAACUGUUGUUCAUUUUAAGCAGCUUCACAUGCCAACUAACUUCCUCGUUCUGUCUCUGGCUGUAACUGAUCUGCUGCUGGGAGCUCUUUUUAUGCCUCCUGCUAUGGUACAGUCUGUAGAGACUUGCUGGUAUUUAGGAAAUAUAUUCUGUAAGAUACACUGCAGUGUUGCCAUCAUGUUAUGUUCUUCUUCCAUUAUAAAUCUGUCUUUUAUUUCCAUUGACAGAUAUUAUGCUGUGUGUCAUCCCCUGCUGUAUCACAGUAAAAUUACUUCCUCUGUCACAGUAAUUAUGAUUGUCAUCUGCUGGAGUGUCUCAGCUGGAGCUGGGUUUAUGAUAAUAUUUCUAGAGCUAAAUAUUCUGGGUGUUGAAGAGUUUUACUAUGAGAAUGUUGCAUGUGAAGGAGGUUGUGUGUUGUUUCAAAGUGCAGCAUCGUACACUGUUUCCUCUGUCUUUUCUUUUUAUUUCCCAGGUGUUGUGAUGCUCAGUAUAUAUAUAAAGAUAUUCCAUGUUGCACAAAAGCAAGCAAAAUCUAUUCAGGACUCAAAAUGUAAAAACAAUAUAAAAUCAAUUUUAAGUAAAGAAGAGAAAAAGGCCACUAAAACUCUGGCUGUGGUUUUGGGUGUAUUUCUGUCACUUUGGACUCCAUUUUUCAUUUGUAUUGUUAUUAAUCCUUACAUUGGUUACACAGUCCCUCCAAUUUUAAUUGAUAUGCUUAGUUGGAUUGGACUUUUAAAUUCUACUUGUAAUCCUGUUGUUUAUGCUUUCUUCUACAAGUGGUUUAGAAAAGCUUUCAGGAUGAUUAUAUCAGGUCAAAUAUUUCAAGAAGGAUCUUCAAGAACAAACUUGUUUUCACACUAAAAAAUAUAGAAACAUAUUCAUUUAAAACAAACUGUCUGAAAUUAAUCAAGACAAACAAGUUUUACACUUUACUUGAAAAAAUGGAAAAUGAAUAAGGUUUAGGUUUAACUUGACAUCGAUUCAAUUAUUUUGACAUGAUUUUUUUUUUUUAGAUAUUCAGUUUAAAAUGAAAUGUUACACAUUAUGAUUAGUUAUAUUUGAACACUUAUUUACAAUGAGUUAACAAAAGUUUUCAAUGUUUAUUCUUCUUUUUUGUGGAUAUUAGUCAUUAAUCUGUGUAUUUAACCCCACAUACUUUUAAAUCCACUG